CUGCUUAACAUAUCUAUGUAAUUUUAAACCAAAGAUCCGAUACUUCCUUUAUUACUGGCUAGCACUUUGCUUAAUACUGAUGCUGUAAUAGAUGCACUUAGAUAAGUUGGGUCUGCCCCUAAAGAAACCGCAUCUUGCAACUAUUCUCCUUCAGGACUCCACUAUUUAAGAAAUAAAUCUUCGAUCGACAGGGAGAAUAAAAUCUUCAGUUUUUUAAAAUGAUGUUUUUGAGGUGGUUGGUGAUAGUAGUUGAGUAAUGGCCACCGAGCAAUUGACCCACGUUCACACUCUCCGCGAGAGGCUUGAUGAAACUCUCAAAGCUCACAGGAAUGAAAUCCUGACCCUCCUGUCUAGGAUUGAAGCCAAGGGCAAGGGAAUUCUCCAACACCAUCAGGUCAUUGCUGAGUUCGAAGCAAUCCCUGAACAAAACAGGCAGAAACUAACUGAUGGGGCCUUUGGAGAGGUUCUGCGAUCUACCCAGGAAGCUAUAGUUUUGCCUCCAUGGGUUGCUCUGGCCGUUCGUCCAAGGCCUGGUGUUUGGGAGUACCUGCGAGUGAAUGUGCACGCUCUUGUUGUUGAGGAAUUGCGUGUCGCUGAGUAUCUGCAGUUCAAGGAAGAACUUGUUGAUGGAAGUGCUAACGGAAACUUUGUGCUGGAGUUGGACUUUGAACCCUUUAACGCAUCAUUUCCACGUCCAACAUUAAACAAGUCAAUCGGAAAUGGCGUGGAGUUCCUCAACCGCCACCUUUCUGCAAAAUUAUUCCAUGACAAGGAGAGCAUGCAGCCGCUACUGGAGUUUCUCAGACUCCACAGCCACAAGGGAAAGACUAUGAUGUUGAAUGAUAGAAUUCAGAACCUGAAUUCUCUGCAACAUGUUUUGAGGACAGCAGAGGAGUAUCUGGGCACUCUUGCUCCUGAAACACCCUACUCAGAAUUUGAUCACAAAUUCCAGGAAAUUGGUUUGGAGAGAGGGUGGGGUGACACAGCGGAGCGUGUCCUUGAGAUGAUUCAACUUCUGUUGGAUCUUUUGGAGGCACCUGACCCCUGCACCCUCGAGACCUUCCUCGGUAGAAUUCCCAUGGUUUUCAAUGUUGUGAUCCUUACCCCCCAUGGCUAUUUUGCUCAAGAUAAUGUCUUGGGUUACCCCGAUACCGGUGGCCAGGUCGUGUACAUCUUGGAUCAAGUCCGUGCUUUGGAGAAUGAGAUGCUUCAUCGCAUUAAGCAACAGGGCCUAGAUAUCACGCCCCAGAUUCUCAUUAUCACCCGUCUUCUCCCUGACGCAGUUGGAACUACUUGCGGCCAGCGCCUAGAGAAAGUGUAUGGAACUGAGCAUGCCAAUAUUCUUCGAGUUCCCUUCAGAUCAGAGAAAGGUAUUGUUCGCAAAUGGAUCUCAAGAUUCGAAGUCUGGCCCUAUCUAGAAACUUACACUGAGGAUGUUGCUCAUGAAAUUACCAAAGAGUUGAAGGGCAAGCCCGAUCUCAUCAUUGGAAACUACAGUGAUGGAAAUAUUGUUGCCUCUUUGUUAGCACAUAAGUUGGGCGUAACACAGUGUACCAUUGCUCACGCACUUGAGAAGACCAAAUACCCUGAUUCCGACAUUUACUGGAAAAAGUUUGAAGACAAAUAUCACUUCUCCUCCCAAUUUACAGCCGAUCUUGCUAUGAACCACACAGACUUUAUCAUCACCAGUACCUUCCAAGAGAUUGCUGGAAGCAAGGAUACUGUUGGACAGUAUGAGAGCCACACUGCAUUUACCCUUCCUGGGCUCUACCGUGUUGUUCACGGUAUUGACGUGUUUGAUCCAAAGUUCAACAUUGUGUCUCCCGGAGCAGAUAUGAGCAUCUACUUCCCCUACACAGAAACAAAGCGCAGGCUGACAUCUUUUCACCCCGAGAUUGAAGAGCUUCUUUACAGUUCAGUCGAGAAUGAGGAGCACAUAUGCGUAUUAAAAGACCGAAGCAAGCCAAUCAUCUUCACCAUGGCAAGAUUGGACCGUGUGAAGAACAUCACGGGACUUGUCGAGUGGUACGGUAAGAACGCGAGGCUGCGUGAGCUGGUGAACCUGGUGGUUGUUGCUGGGGACAGGAGAAAGGAGUCGAAGGACUUGGAGGAGAAGGCUGAGAUGAAGAAGAUGUACGGCCUCAUCGAGACCUACAAGUUGAACGGGCAGUUCAGAUGGAUUUCGUCGCAGAUGAACAGGGUGAGGAAUGGGGAGCUGUACCGAGUGAUAUGCGACACAAAAGGAGCAUUUGUGCAGCCUGCUCUAUACGAAGCAUUUGGGCUGACUGUUGUGGAGUCCAUGACCUGCGGAUUGCCCACAUUCGCUACUUGCAAUGGUGGGCCGGCGGAGAUCAUAGUUCACGGCAAAUCUGGAUACCACAUUGACCCAUACCACGGGGAUCGGGCCGCCGAAACGCUCGUGGAAUUCUUCGAGAAGUGCAAGGCAGACCCAACCCACUGGGACAAGAUUUCCCAGGGAGGACUCAAACGUAUUCACGAGAAGUACACAUGGCAGAUCUACUCGGAGAGGCUUCUGACUCUCACCGGUGUGUAUGGCUUCUGGAAGCAUGUGUCCAAGCUUGACCGCCGUGAAAGCCGCCGCUAUCUGGAGAUGUUUUACGCCCUCAAGUACCGUAAAUUGGCCGAGUCUGUGCCCCUCGCCGUUGAAGAGUAAAUCAGAAAGUUGAAGAGUGAUUCGUGAAAUGGAGGAUCCGGCUUUGCUCAUUUUGGUGUUUUCCAGAGUUUUUAUAGUCCAUGUGGUCUAUGUCUUUGAUUUUGACUUUGUCAUCACGUUGGGUCAUAAAAAGGAAAGAAAAAAAAAAAAAAAGUCCUUUCGGCUUCGUUUUUGUUCUUCCAGAUUCUUUUUCUUUGCCAUAUUGGAAUGAUUGGAAAUCUACGAAGACGGGCGCACUUGGCCCAUCAA